AUGCUGACAAAAUCUCUCUCAAGUUUACUCUUGGUUUCUUUGACGGCCCUUGCGGGCUUAAAUGCGCAAGGUACCAACGUCACUACUAAUAAUGGUUCAGUAAGUGUAAAUACUGGUAACAGUAAUGUUACUGUCACCCCCACUAAUGUUACGGUCUCCACCGGCAAUACUACUGUCUCCACCGGCAAUACUACUACUGUCUCCACCAAUACGACAAACUCUAAUGGAAAUGUUGGUGGUGAGAAAAAGUCAAAGGGUAUUGCAUUUGAUCAUGUCUUUAUUAUCGUGUUCGAAAACACGGAUUUCGAAGUGGCAUACAAUGAGCCCUACUUCAAGAAGCUUUCGCAGCAAGGACUCUUCUACACAAACUUCUCUGCUAUUACGCAUCCGUCACAACCCAACUACUUUGCCCUCACCGCGGGCAGCACAUUUGGCGUCGAUAAUAAUAGCACAAACAUCACUGGUCUUUCAAUUGCUGAUACCCUGGAAGAAAAAAAUCUCACUUGGAAGAAUUAUGCUGAAAACUUCCCAGGGAAUUGCUUCCUCGGUGAAAAUAACACGAAUAAAUUAUAUGUUAGAAAACAUACACCGUUCAUCUCAUAUGCAAAUAUAAAUUCUAAUCCAGCAAGAUGCGCAAACGUUGCCAAUGAAACCGUAUACCAAUCCGACCUAAACAAGGGCACAAUUCCAGACUACGUCUUUUAUACUCCCAACAUGAACAACGACGCCCACGACACAAACAUAACAUUCGCAGCGAAAUAUCUCGAAGGCUUCUUGACUCCUUUGCUUGCAAGUAACUCCUCGUUGCCGAAUAACACCCUUAUUAUCAUUACGUUUGACGAAGGAUCGUAUGACAACGGAAAAGGGACGUAUACCGAAGGUGGAAAACCAUCAACACCUGUACCAGGUGCAGCUUCGUCAAUAGUUUACAGUGGAAUAAUGAUUUCCCUGCUUUCAUUUACCACGAUUUUCUUUAAUCUUCUUUAA